GCAGCGCGCGGGUCAUGCUGGCGUCGAGCUGGGCGCUGUGGCGGCGGCUGCGGGCGGGCGGCGCGGCGGUGCUGCCGGGCUUCCUGGCCGAGGGCGAGGAGGCGCUGCUGGCCGCCGAGGUGGAGCCGCACCUGCGCCGCCGUCCCUACCAGGAGCAGCACUGGGACGGGGCUAUUCACAAGUACCGGGAGACGGAGAAAUUACACUGGAGCACGGAGAGCCAGGAGAUCCUGCGAAGGGUCCGGGAGGCGGCUUUUCCUCCACAGGUGCUGCAGCUGGCACAGGUGCAUGUCCUGGAUUUGGAUAAAACCGGCUACAUAAAGCCCCACAUAGACAGUGUCAAGUUUUGCGGUUGCACCAUUGCGGGCCUCUCCCUGCUUUCCUCGAGUGUGAUGCGUCUGGUCAGCGAACGGAAUCCACAGGACUGGCUGGAUCUACUGCUAGAGCGUCGCUCCCUCUAUAUUCUCAGGGGGCCUGCUCGCUAUGAAUUCACCCAUGAGAUCCUGAAAGACGAGGAGUCCUUUUUCGAGGGCAAGAAGAUCCCCCGAGAACGAAGGAUCUCCAUAAUCUGUCGGAAUAUGCCGCUAAUCUCAUCAUAGAAUUGCAAACGGGGACUGUAGAGGAGGACGGUUUUCUUCAGCUGGGAUGCCGGGGGCUCAUCUCAGCAGAGCAGACCUGCUUCUGACAUGGUUGCCUGCAAUGUGCCGCCAAGUGAGAUUUUCCUCGAGCUCAUGGACGGUGUUUGGGGCAUUCUACUUACUACUCACACUUAAUAAAUUGCCGGCAGGGACAGUGGGAAUUGGGGAAGAAUUGGGGAAGUGCACUUGACUGUACCUGGCCAAGGAUUGGAAAUAAAAUCUCCUUGUUUC